GAGCUCUUGGACAGCAGUAACUACUUAUAUAUCCAUCGUUCUACGAGUAGCAUCAACACAAGCUGGUCUAGAUUGGCUUCUAUCGGAACUAGCUACAACAAAAUCCAAUUAAAAAUGCCGUCCGGGCCUGACCGAGUGGCCGUCAUCACGGGUGGCUGUAGAGGCAUAGGUCUGGCAGUGGCCCAGGCUCUGGAUGCAAAGGGCGGAUGGAAGAUCAACUUAAUCGACAUCAGGGAUGACGAGGGCAAACAGGCUGCAGAAUCGCUUUCGAACGCAACCUACCAUAGAGCCAAUCUGACCAACUACGACGAGGUGACAGCAGCGUUCAAAAGCGCCUUCGUUGCCGGAAAAAACAGACUGGACUUUGUGUUUGCGAAUGCUGGCAUCAUCGAGUCAUCCAACCUCUUCGCAAAGCACGACAGUAUUGACGGUCCUCCGCCCCCAGACUUCGCAGCAGUGGAGAUCAACCUGAAAGGCUGCAUCAACACGGUCCAUGUGGGACGUCAUUACAUCAACCUGUCGCCGGGCAAAGGUUCUAUCGUGAUCAAUGCUAGCUCUACCAGCUUUUGGCCAGCAUACUGGGCACCGAUUUACACUGCUUCGAAAUUCGGUAUCCUGGGAUUCAUGCGCACUGUCGCCGACUCUUACAAGCUUGACGGAGUCCGUGUUAACGCGCUUUGUCCCGGUGCAGUGAGGACGCAUAUUGUACCAGACCGUGCCUGGGACUCAUUACCAGUGGACGUAUUCACGCCGCUGUCGAUCAUCACCGAUACGGUCCUGAAGUUGGCUGAGGGAGCCGAAAUUGUCGAUGCCAACGGCACGAAAGCCACCUCGGAUGAGCUUUUCGGGAAGGCUGUCGUGGCGAACGGCAAGAACAUCUAUAUCCAACCCGAGACUGCAUACUGUGAUGACGUUAUGGAAAGAACAAUCGAAAACACGAGGAUGGGGAAACAAACAGCCUUGUAAGUUUACAAGUGGACAACUAGUGGUUCUUCGAAGUACGAGGGCGAAACCGGCGGCUUUCGCGGGUCCAGAUUGUCGGUGUGAUAUGAACGGAAGCCUUCCUUGACAGCUGCAAAUGUGGAUGGUGACAUCUUAGCUUUGACAUAAUUUGAUCAAGUAUUGAGAGCAGUGAAAU